AGCGCUGCUCUUGUUUUGAAGCGCGCCGGGCUUGGAGGUAUGCAGCGUGUCAAGAGGUCAGAUACAAUCCGGUGUGAGGCAGGAACUGCGAAGCUGCCCUGGAAUGUUUGGUGUUGAUCCAAAGGCAAGUCUGCUGGCGAGGGCGGCCGCCCGCUUGCGUCAGCCCGGCUGGGACGGGAUAAAAAGCCUUCGCUUCAGCCACUCAACACACACAAACUGCUCUAGAGAGAGAGAGAAAGAAAGAGAGAGAAUAGCAAUAGCAAGAGCAAGUCUCAGCAGACUGAGCCGAUCGCGACUGCUUUGCAAGUGGAAGGAAUCUCCAGUGCAACAUGUUUGCUGGACUGAAGGACGUUAACUUUGCACCAUUCCUGCUGAUGGCACUGGCUUGUUUGGCCUCUGCCAAUGAAUGCGAAGCUCCCUGUAACUGCCCCGAGAAGCCCCCUGUCUGCCCUGCCGGGGUCUCCCUGGUCACCGACGGCUGCGGCUGUUGCAAGGUCUGCGCCAAGCAAGUGGGCGAGGUAUGCUCCCAGCGCCAGCCCUGCGACCACCACAAGGAUCUCUUCUGCUUCAAAGAGUUCAGAUCCGCUUCCUCCACCACGUCUGGAGUUUGUACAGCUAAGGAAGGGGCUCCUUGCAUGAUGGAUGGGGCUGUGUACAAGAGUGGUGAGACUUUCCAGAAUGGCUGCAAGUACAGAUGCACCUGUAUGGAUGGGUCCCUCGGCUGCAUCCCCAUCUGUAGUCCCAGCAUCCGUCUAGCCAGCCCAGAUUGUCCCCUACCCAAGAAGGUCAAAGUACCUGGCAAGUGCUGUGAAGAAUGGGUCUGCGAACAACCCACUCGUGACGCCGUAUUUGGAUCCGCACUGGCAGCUUAUAGGGAAGAAGCGACCUAUGGCCCUGACCCCUCCAUGUUCCGUGCCAACUGCCUUGUACAGACCACUGAGUGGAGUGCCUGCUCCAAAACCUGUGGAAUGGGCAUCUCAACCCGGGUAACCAAUGACAACAGAGAGUGCAGACUGGAGAAACAGUCCAGACUCUGCAUUGUCAGGCCUUGCGAAAUGAAUAUGAAAGAGACGAUAAAGAGAGGUAAAAGGUGUAUCCGCACUCCAAAGGUUUACAGACCCACCAAGUUUGAAUUCUCUGGCUGUACCAGUGUGAAGUCCUACAGAGCCAAAUUCUGCGGUGUCUGCACCGAUGGCCGAUGCUGCACUCCUCACAGAACCGCCACUCUGCCUGUUGAGUUCAAAUGUCCCAAUGGAGAACUCCUGAAGAAAAAGAUGAUGUUCAUCAAGACCUGUGCCUGUCAUUAUAACUGCCCCAUGGACAAUGAUAUCUUCCAGUCCUUGUAUUACAGGAAAAUGAUUGGUGAUAUGGCUUAAACUAUGCAAUCGAUCAAAGACCACGUAACUGGAAAGAUUUACCCUCUCAGCUGCAAAGGUCACUGCAUAAAACAAAGAAAAAUAUUGGCAUGUUGACGAGAGAAUAAAAACAUGUCGCAGCACUCAGCCUAGAUUUUGAAACUGCAUUGCUUGUACACUGUUAGCUGUAAUAUUGUAAAUAAUGUACAUAUGUGUACAGUUGUCUAAGUUAAUUUAAAUGUGCAUUGUGUUGUUUAUUGGCCUUGCAAAAUGGAUAUUGAGAGACCAUAAAGGUGGAAAAAAACCUUUUCAUGAUCAACAGAUUUAAAGUCAAAAUUUUAUUUUCAGUUAUCUUUGAGUAUUAGUUAUAGAUUUGACAAGAUGACUGUUUGAUUAUUUUUGUUUUUGAACAGUUGUUGUAACAUUUGAGAAGUGUAACCAAAAUUUAAAUGCCUGCACUUUUCUAGUUCAGAAUAAAAUAUAUUUUUGAUACAAACUUAA